UUCGAUUGGCGGUUUACAGUCCAGCUUCGACACAGUGUACGCCUGGCGCCUCCGAGAAUAGCAGUGCUCAGUAAGCGUAGCACCAGUUACAUGAGCUAGCAGUAAGAGUAAAGGGAAAAGUCACACACUUGCAAGAAAACUCUCAGAAGCCGGAAGAAGCGACACAUCACCGUUGUGCAUAUUUCAAGCUUUUACAUAGUUUAAAAGGUGAGAAAAGCCAGGAAAGCAUCUCAGCAUCUGGAUGACGCCAUUAUGGAUUUAGGUCGCUAUACAGACUUCCUGCUUGUUCUCGGAGUCUACAUUUUGUGUUUGUUUAUGAGGGCAGAUGCUUCACAAGAUCCCAUAGUCACCACAUCGAAAGGUAAAGUGCGAGGUUUUCGCAAAAAUGUAGAUGGAAAGCAAGUGGAUGUAUAUUAUGGCAUUCCAUUCGCUAAGCCACCACUCGGAAACCUUCGCUUUAGGCAUCCACAACCCAAUGAACCUUGGUCAGGGAUUUUUAAUGCAACUGUGAAACCGAAUUCCUGCAUGCAGGGAUUUGACAAAAUCUUCAAAAACUUCUCUGGAGAAAAUGUUUGGCAUGCCAAUACACCUCGCUCAGAAGAUUGCUUAUAUUUAAACGUUUAUGUUCCCAAGGUAAAGAAACCAAUCAAGAACAAAGCGGUGUUUGUUUGGAUCUAUGGAGGUGGCUUCUACAGUGGUACAUCAACUUUAGAUAUAUAUGACCCAUCAUAUUUAGUUCUUUUAAAUGAUGUGAUUGUAGUUUCGAUACAAUAUCGUGUUAGUGUUUUAGGAUUUCUUGCAUUAGGUAUACCCGAAGCGCCUGGGAAUACUGGAAUGUUUGAUCAGCUCAUGGGUUUAGACUGGAUACAACGUGAAAUAAGAAAUUUCGGUGGAAAUCCUAGAAACGUUACAUUAUUUGGCGAAAGCGCCGGUGCUGCAAGUGUCGCUUUUCAUUUAGUUUCUCCACUCAGUCGAUCAAAGUUUGACAGAGCUAUCUUACAAAGUGGAAGUUUAACAUGUCCGUGGGCAGUUAUAAGUAGAGAAGAGGCCUUCAGGCGAGCCAGGGUACUCGCUGAAAAAUUCAAAUGCUCUGCGGUGGAUACAGCUUGGGAUAUUUAUCAAUGUCUAAAAGCACAACCAGCCAAAGAUUUUCCAGACUAUGUAUGGUAUGUCGUUGAAGGUAUAUCUCAAUUCCCUUUCGUAUUAGUCGUUGAUGGAGCAUUCCUUACUGAGGCUCCGGAAGUAUCAUUAGCCAAACACAAUUUUAAAAGAGUGCCUAUUUUAGUAGGAUCUAAUAAAAACGAAGGAACAUAUUUUCUUGCAUAUUUCCGUAAAGACAUUUUUGAUAUAGAGACCAACGCUCUAAUUAGCAAAGAAAUAUUUCGUGUACUUUCGGAUAUGUUGAUUGAAUACUACCCUCAAUAUCCAACGAGACUUAACUCCUUCGGGCGAGAUGCGGUUUUAUACCAGUAUACAAAUUGGGAGAAUCCCGAUGACAAAAUAUCUAACAGAAAUAAACUUGACCAAUUAGUUACUGACUAUAAUUUCCUCUGCCAAGUGAAUCAAUUGGCAGAAGCAUACUCGAACGCGGGAGAAAAAGUUUAUUAUUAUUACUUCACUCAAAUUCCAUCGCAGUCUCCAUGGCCGAAAUGGGUUGGUGCAUAUCACGCAGCAGAAAUUGAAUAUAUCUUCGGAUCCCCCGUGGAUCGUAGCAAAAACUUUUUAGACAAUGAAGUCGAAUUGAGUAAGAAAAUGAUGCGUUUUUGGACUAAUUAUGCAAAGACUGGGGACCCUAACAAAAAUUGGGGUGAACAAAAUUUACAAGAAUGGCCAGUUCACACAGCUGCACAAAAAGAGUACCUAUAUUUGAAUGCUGAUAACGUGCAUAACUUAUUGACUGGUAAAGGCUUGAGAGCCAAGGAAUGUGCCUUCUGGAAAGAAUAUCUACCUCGACUAGUGGCAGCAACUUUGGACAUAAGUGAAGCUGAAAAACAAUGGAAAGUGCAGUUUGCUGAAUAUAGCCAGAAAUAUAUUGUUGACUGGAAGCAUCAAUUUGAAAACUUUGUGAAGAAUCAUGAAAAACGCAUGGCAAACUGCAAAAACGACAGCUAAUUAUGGAAGUAGAAUAUAGAGUUGCUAAAGGCGGAAUGAUUUGGGCGUAAUGAUUAAUAAACAAUAGAUGUGGACAUGAUGAGAUCGGUAUUAGAUAGCCAUAAGUGAGGAGAAAUAUAAAAGAUGCUCCAAAAAGAUUUGGUGAAAACAACAUGGAUGUAGAUUUUAUGUUAGAAAUAAUGAAGAUUAAUAAUUUACAUAAAAUCAAAUACAACAUGCAUUUUGAUUAUUUUAGUUAUGCAUUGAAAUCUCACUAGUGAAAACAUCUGUCGUAUAUUUUUAUAUCACAUAUUUCACUUAUUCAUAUUUCAUGUUAUACCAUUGUUUCUAUUCGACUCAUCUGUUUAAUUCGAAGUCAGUCAAUAAAUACAUCGUGUAUUUGAGUAUACAGGGCAGCUUUUUUCUCCCAAAAUAUUUUCACAAGUUAGCUUUGGGAUGGGAUCCAAAUAACUAGAAAUUCUUGUGUUAUAGUUGAUGAUAAUAAUAAUAACUAUGAUGAUGAUAAUAAUAAUAAUAAUAAUAAUAAUAAUAAUAAUAAUAAUAAUAAUAAUAAUAAUAAUAAUGAUGAUGACAAUAAUGAUGAUAAUAACAACAACAAUAAUAGUAAUCGUUUCUUUAUUAGCGUCAAAGGCCCAAAGAUUUGGGGACGAAAGAAAAGAAAAAACAAAGUAUAACGCAGUAGUGAGAUUGUUACGUAUAAUGGUAAUAGAUAGUAACAAUAAAAUAAAUACAAUAAAAUAAAUACAACGAAAUAUCUCCAAUAAGAGAGACAGCCAUCUAGUGUCAGUCGAGGAAUUCCAGAAAUAGAACCAGGGUUACACUGACCACUAAGAGCAAGUGUCCUCUUUUAGCUCUCAUUCUCUACAAGCGCAUGCUGAGAGUAGACCAAUCAUUCGGGUUAUCUUCACCACUUUUACCUACCUUUCAACAAAUCUUCCUCACUCUCCAACUGAAAGCUGAAUAAGUUGAUGAGGGUAUGGCCGGAGAAGAAAGUGUCUGUUUUCAGUCUUUUCUGCCUUGUUUAAUUUACAAUCUCUUUGGUAUAGCCAUUAGAGAGAAUGAAAUUACCUGCCUUUCCCAGCUAAAUGAGGAUGCAAUCUUCGUGACGAGCUCAGCCGAUAGCUGGGUCCGUCUUAUAUGUAACUUUGACUGUUUGAUAAAACUCUACAAGUCAACUAUACACGAGUACUUAACUAGUACGAGCAGAACGGUUUCGGCGCCUUUCAGUAAAAAAAUCUCAUGCAAGCUCAGCUGACAGCACUUCUGUGUCUGUAGAGUUUCCCUUGAACCAACAAUGCCCAUCCCCGGUAGCGCCGCCAGGUCAGGAUUUCUGAAAAUUAUCCAUAGUCUCCGAGGAGUUAAUCUUCCAGAACAGAUUUGCCAGCUGAUUCUCGUUGACGCCCAGUUUCCCCGAGAACGCCGUCGCUCUUGCCCGCCACUUUUAUUCUGUAGAAUGGUAACAUGAAAUAAUAAUAUGAAGACGGAAUUACAUUUACUGUUAAUUAUUUCCUCUUUCAGAUAUUUAAUGUUUUCUAACCUUUUUAUCACUUUUCUUUUCCCAAAAAGUUGUCUUACUCAACUCAUUGAUAAAUCUUUAUUGAUAUCUCAGACAUUUUUUCCAGCAUACGUAAUCUAAAGGCUGGAGCCUAUAAUUGAUUACUACUCAAUAUAUUAUGUAAUUAACCAUUAACAUUGCUUUGUUAUGUCUAAUUGAUAUAAUUAAAUGUACACUAUAAACUUCAGUCAUAGCAUUCUAUUGCAUAAGCAUUUUAUUCCUCACACUCUCCUCUUGAAAGCAACAUCUAUUUUAUGAGCCCUAACAGGUCAUUCCUUACUAUAACAACAAAUAAAUAAAAAAUAAGACCUCUUAGCUCUGGUUUAACCAUAUUUGCUUUGAUUUACAUCUUUGCCAAUUCCAGCACCUUUUAUAGUCACCAUUUAUAACCUUUUUCUAAUUUUUCUGUUCUUUGUAUCGAUAUUUGCGAGAGAAGGAAAAGUUAUUGUCACUUUCUUACAUCGAUAAGGCACUUGUAUGUUACAUUUUUCAUUUAAUCUGUCUUGCUCAGAAACCUGAUCGAUCCCGUCAUUUAGCGAUCAUCAUCGUGGCUAAUGGAUAAAUUUUAAGUAUGCCCAGUCAUGAUCACAUUUCAAAUUAGCUAAUUAAGAAAUUACUGGCGAAAGUUAAUUUAAAAAAUAAAAAUACUCGACAUACCAAACACUGCUUGCCAAUGUAGAAUUAUAUUCUGCACAUAUAGAAUGGUGUUCUAUUGGUAUACAUUAGCUGUAGACUAAUGUAUACCAAUAGACAAAUGUAUACCAAUAGACUAAUGUAUACCAAUAGACAAAUGUAUACCAAUAUUAUGUGGUAAGAAACUCAUAAGGAAACUAAACAGCAGAUCUUCAGAAAAGAAACCCCACCCAGACAAGUGUUUCGGUCCUUAACUUCUUCCACUCUAAUGGAGCCGGACCGUAUCAAGGUCACGAUACUUGGGUGCCUUUCUGCUGUCACUUUUUAGUCACUUGGAUAUCAGAGGUUUGUGCAUUUAAACCGCCUGAAGAUUUCAUCUAGUUGUAACUACUCUCCGUUGACUCAGCUUUCAAACAUAAACUUACAGAAGAAAUAACGUUGAUUUGUCACGGCAGCGGUGAAGCGUCAAACGCUAUCGCAAUGAUUCACAGAGAGUUACUUCCCCGAGUGUUAAAACACAAAAAUAUUGCCUUCAAAUGGUAUGGAGGUUUUUUGGGGGUUUUUUUCAUGAUUGAUAUAAUGAAUACAGAACAUAUAUCUAGGUGUGUUAUGGCUAAAUGGGUUCGAUCCUGUUGCGUGACAUCUUGCACAAAUGUCGUUUUCUGUAACCUCGGACCGACCCUCACUGUGUGAGUGAAACAGUGUAAUCAAAAACUGCACAGAAGCCUGUUGGGUGCGUUCUACCCGUAAUUCAAAAGUACAGCUUUGCCAUACACUGCGUUACGCUGAUUCAGCCAGAGAAAUACGUUAAGAGUACACGUGUCUGUGGAAUACUCGGCCACUUACACGUUGAUUCAGGAACUAGUAGUUCAGUAGAUUGAAUGACGGGGUGGUACCCCACCGUCCACCUGUCCACCCACCACAGAGUGUAUGUCGAGCUUAUAAAGAUAUCAAAAUUGUCAUACUUUGUUAUGUGAAAACUUUUAGAAAUAUCAAUAGAUUCUGGAUUCUAAAUUAGUUUCUAUUACAAAAAUAUUUCUCAAUGUGCGUUUGUGUGUGUGGAUGUGGGUGUGUAUAAAUAGGUAUGUAUGUUUACAUGCAUGUAUGUAUGUUUGUACGUAUGCAUUUAUAUCAUUAUUAUUAUUAUCUAUAUGCGUGUGCGACGGCUUGUGUGCGUAUAUGAAAACGAAGAUGUGUCUAUAUAUAUAUAUAUGAGAGCCGUGUCUACACAUAUCUGAGAAUUAAUAAGUAGAUCUGACAAAACUGCAUUUUUACAUCUGUAUCAUAUUUUCACAAUAGUUCCACUUAUUUUUUCCACGAGCACCAUCUGUUCCAUAAAGCGGUAUUUGAAAUUGAAAAUUUUCAACGAGUUAAAAUGGAGGGACUGCGAAAACAACUCUCAUGAGAUAUUUUAGAGAAAGCAGGUUUAGAAGUACAAAUUUCUUUGCCGAAUCCAGAUGUUUUCUAUUCUCAACUGACAAAACAUUAUGUUGCCAUGAUGACAAGUUCUGGCGUUCUUACAAUUUAAAAAUAUUGUAAGCUUUGAAAAGGGAUUUGAUUUGUAUUUCUUGAAAAUUCCAAUAAAGUUUUUGUUUUUUUCUUUCUUAUAUUAAAAACUGA